AUGGAUACAAAACGAGAACCAGCUCCUAAAACUAUCAAAGAUAUUAAAAAAGAUUUUAAGGAAACACUUAGUACUAUGCCUAUUGAUAAAAAUGAAACAACAAUGCCGACAAAUAAAAAUAUUCAAUCAGGAGGACCAAACACACCAGCUUCGUCAGUUAACACAACAGGAAAGUAUUGGAUGAAAAUUUUUAGUAUGUCACAACCUAAACCAACAUCAUCAUCUACAAAUGGUUCAACGUCAAAUGGAACUUCAAAUCAUCAACCUGAACUUGAUAUUUGUUAUAUUACACCAAGAGUAAUCGUAAUGACAACACCUCGUGACAAUUCAUCUGAUGUAUCAUCUCGUUCAACAGCUGAAUCAAUACGUGAUAUACUUGAUACAAAACAUCCUAAUUGUUAUAUGCUUUAUCUUCUUGAUCAAUCUUCAAACAAUGAAUCAUCUUAUCCAAAAGAAAUCUUUCAUAAUCGAGUUCUUGAAAUACCAUUAUUUGAUGAUAAACAAUCACCAUCUUUAGUUAGUUUAUUAUGGUUUUGUCAAAAAAUUACAUCAUAUUUACUUGAAUCACCAUCAAAUGUCGUUGUACUUGAUUGCAAUGAUGGAAAAAAUCAAUUAGCAUAUGGAGUAUGUUCAUUACUUGCAUAUCAUAAAAUCUUACCACAAGCUGAUCAAAUUAUUAAAUAUUAUCAACAUCAUCGAUCUUUAAAUUCAUCAUUAACAAUGUCACAGAAAAGAUAUAUUCAAUAUUUAUGCGAUUUAUCACAUGGUAUUAUUGAACAUCCACAUUUUAAUAAAUUAACUCUUAAAUCAAUAAAUUUAUCACCUGUACCACUUGUUAAUAUAAAAAAAAAUAGUUGUCGCCCAUUCAUUGAUAUAUAUGAUCAAGAACAUAAAAAGAUUUUUUCAACAUAUCAAGAAAUACCAAAACUUCGAGUUUAUUAUGCAUCGGAUACUUGUAUUACUAUUCCAAUAGAUCUUCAAUUUGAUGGUGAUAUAACAAUUCACAUAACACAUGCAGCACUUUGUGCUCCACGUCACACUCAUGAAGGUGGAGUUCGUAUAUGUGAAUUAACAGUAAAUUCAAAUUUUAGUACAUUAAAUCAUCCGGAAUUAUCAUAUUCAAGAAAUGAAUUAGAUGAAAUUGAUCAUAAUGAAAAAAAUCCAACUCUAUUUCGUAUUACACUUGAUAUUAUUAAUCAACAACAAUCGUCAAUCAAUCGACAAGAUUCAUUUACAAAAGAAUUAGACAAAACAUUUAAACAACCUUUAGCGUUAUUUCGAGAUGAAGAUGAAUUAAAACAAAAAACAAAUGAUUUUAGUGAGAUAAUUGAGAAAAAAGAAGUUCCAGUAUCUCCUGCACCUGUUGUUGUACAUCGUUUGUCAAAAGGAAAAGAAGAUUCAAUGUCAUCGCAAGGUAGUCGAUUUUCUGAUUCAUUUCCAGGUUUACCACAAUCUCCACAACCACCAUUUUCUAAUCCUUUAUACAAUCCAUUUAAACAACAUGCAAAUAUAAGUCCAAGAUCAUCACAAAUUCCUUCAUCACCAAUAUCAUUACCAAUCGAUGAUAAACAAAAUAAAGAAGAAAAUAAUACUGCUCCUCUACUUGAAAUUAAUGGAAAUACUCCAGAGAAUGGAAAGAUUUUUGUAAGAUCCCCAUCAUGUGAUCCACAACAACGUGGAUUUUAUUCAAGUACUGAUUCAGGACGAAAUCUUCUUGAUGAUGAUUUACAUAAUGACAAUCCUACUUUACAAAAUACUUUAUCACAACCAACUUUACGACCACCUAUAUCAGCAACAAAAAUUCCUGAAACACAAAAACCAUCGCCUGCAACUGAAGAACCUAUUCCAACAUCAACUAAGCCUGAUUAUACCGUCACGAUGAAAACAGAUAUUCCUCCACCCACUAAAUCAAAACCAAAUACACCUAAAUCAAAACCACCUCCAACUGCUCGAAAAUCAACAACCAAUUUUGCUUCAUUGUUGCCCGACGAUUUCUGUCUUCGGACGGAUGGUCCACCACGAACGUUUAAAUCUGAAGCAUCAGGUGGAAUAGGUGAUUUGCAAAAAGCUGCAGUAGCGAAAGACAUUGAUCCAACAGUGUUGAAAGUUCGAGAAUGGACUGAAGGAAAAAAACGGAAUAUUCGAGCAUUAUUAUGUUCAUUAUCAGAUAUAACAUGGCCUGAAUGUAAGUGGGGUGGUUGUCAAAUGAGUGAAUUACUAACAUCUGAUCAAGUUAAAAAAGUAUAUAGAAGAGCUGUACUUUAUAUUCAUCCAGAUAAACUUCGUGGUGAUCCAAAUGAACCAUUAGCAAAACUUAUUUUUGUUGAAUUAAAUGAAGCUUGGUCACAAUUUGAACAACAAGGGGUGUAG